CUUCGUCGAUAUCGUGAUGAUCCGGAAUGGGACGACGUGGUACCCAUACCGCUCACCGAUAACGAGCAGGCAGCCGUGCGCAUUGCCACCAGUGAUGCAUUCAACGAUGCUUUCAUGUAUUUGCGUGCAGUCCUUGUCAGCAACGAGAUGUCCAUGCGUGCUUUCAACCUCACAACUCGAUGUGUAGAAUUGAAUCCGGCUAAUUAUACGGUCUGGCAAUAUCGGCGUGCUUUGCUAAAAGCAUUGAAAAUUGAUCUGAAUAAGGAAUUUGAUUACAUUGCUGAGGUGAUCGAAGACAAUCCUAAGAACUAUCAAGUUUGGCAUCAUCGUCGAACACUGGUCGAAUGGACCAAUGAUGCGAGCCGUGAACUCGAUUUUACCGCACAAAUGCUUGAUGAGGAAUCGAAAAAUUACCAUGCCUGGCAGCAUCGACAUUGGGUUGUCGAAACAUUCGGACUGUUUCGCACCCAGGAACUGGAUUUCAGCGCUGCACUGAUGCUUGAAGAUAUGCGUAAUAAUUCGGCCUGGAACUAUCGAUAUUUCAUAUUGCAAGGAUUGGACGACUUAAAAAAUCCGGAUGUAUUGAAUCGUGAAAUUGCAUUGACCGAAUCAAUGAUUAAGAAAAUACCAAACAAUGAAAGUGCAUGGAACUACCUCUCUGGAAUAUUGCUUGAUAGUGGCAUUUCAUCGCGAGCCGAUGUAUUGCAAUUUUGCGAAGAACUUAGCAAGGAGAAACGCGUCCCACUUUGUCUCAGUUUCAUUGUGGAUAUUUUGGUGGAGAAAAUUGAGCGCAAAAUGGAUGUUGAGGUACGUUUGGUAGAAAUUUUUAUAAAAAUUCAAGUGAUUUUUAAUUUUAUUUUGGUAUGCAGAUUUACUUCAAUUCUUGAAAUAACUGCUAAAUAA